AUGGGAGUGUGGCCUGUCUGGGACGAUCUCAAGGCGGAGAUCAAGAAAUAUUUUAAACCACAAGCUGAGCGAAAUAUGAGGACGGAUGACUAUGUUACCUGGUUCCUGGCCCUCUCCAUCCAAGGGGGCUUAGGUAUUGAACACACAGUAGGGCUGCUGGAACACAAUGUGAACCCCCACAUUGCAGAACAGCUCUAUCUGCAGGAUAUGAGAAGUGAUAACCUCUCUCAAGCAGCAAAAGAGGUUAGAAAGAUUGGUAAGGCCAUAGAGCUCUACAAAAUGCACCAAGGUGGCGGGUCCACCACCAAAAAAUACUAUUCCCAGAGGCGCCCUGGGUCAUCAAACUAA